AUGACAAACUCAGUAAAGCAGCAAAUUGACUUUGAACAACAUUUAGUACAGGAAGAUGUUAAUUUAUUCGACAAUACGUUAAUAAUUAAUUUAUUGGGUAAAAAAUAUCGUAUACCCACUGUAUAUAUUGACCAAUAUCCCAACACAUUAUUAGGUGAUAAACUAUCACUUGCCUGUUACUAUCGUCCGGAAUCAAAUGAUUAUUAUUUCGAUCGAAAUCCGUUAUUAUUUCAAUAUAUAUUUAGCUAUUAUACAUUACAACAAAAAAUAUAUUGUCCCUAUGACAUUCCGUUAGAUUUGAUAUUAAAUGAAAUUGACUAUUUUCAUUUACAUGAUUAUAUUCUCUGUCAUGAAAUAAUUACCUCUAUAUCCGGUUAUAAACAUUUUUACAUACUUGAUGAAAAUAUCAAGAGUAAACUAACAAAAUUAUUCGAUAUUAUCAUGUUCAUUGUUGGUAUUCUAUUUAUUAUCUCAUUGAAUACAGAUUAUAUUGUAACAUUACCAAACAUUUCGUUUUAUCCAGAUCAUUCAUUAUCAUUUUCAUAUAUUGUAGAUUUAAUUGGAACAAUUUUAUUAUCAUUUUAUAUUAUUUACCAUAUUAUUAUUUCAAAUGAUCAUGAAAAAUUAUUUAGUAAUAAAUUAUUUUUAAUACAUAUUUGCAGUACACUGUUGAGUAUAUUUAUACUAUCAAACCGUAAUAUUACAUUGAUGUCAAGUAAACGUCAUAUAUACAGUAUAUUUAUGUUGUUGAAAGCAAUACGUUUAACAAUUUUAAUACCCUAUUUUUAUCUUUUAAGAUUAAUGAUAUUAUCAUUCUAUUACAAAUUACGUGAAAUAAUUACUCUAGUAUUUAUUAGUAUCCUUCUUACUGGUACAUUGAGUCAAAUAGCCUAUGCAUUUGAACGAAGAGAAGAAAAACCAAUAAUGAAAACAAAUUCAGAAGCAUUUUGGUGGGGAACAAGUCUUUGUUAUACAGUUGGAUAUGGUGAUAUUUCUAUGCCAUUGACACUUGUAGGAAGACUUUGUGGAUAUCUAUUGACAUUCAUUGGCUUAUUAUCUAAUGGAUUAGUCUUACAAGAAUUAGCAAAGUCAUACAUUAAAAUCAGUAGAAACGCGUAA